AUGAAAGGCUCGAAUGAGGCCAUCGUAGCUAAGGUUGCAAGGCCUAUUCCACAGCCUAUCGACCGUCGUUCCGGCUCUCGGCUUCUCUGUGACACAUUCACAUUCCGAAGGCUUAGACGACAGCCGGACCAAUGUAUGGAUUCGUUUGCUGAAGCGAGGCAGUUGUCAGUGAAAAGCGAGAGUGCUGGUGCUUUGUUUGCAAGCUUUCCAUGUGCAUCACCUGAAGAUUUUGGGGCCACACAGUGCGAGUUAAUGAUUGUUGGGCAUACGAUCGAAGGCCAGCCAAUCUAUGCGUUGGAAUCGUCACGCUCAUUCGAGCGUAUACAGGCGUUUCGGAAUUCCUUGCGUCGUAUGACUGGAGUUUCUCCACAACAACGUCACGCACAGUCAUCCGGUCAGCCGACAUCUUUGCGAGAAUCCCAAUCAGAAACUGCUGUUGCUGCUGCUACUGCAGCGCGUAGUGAGACUUCUCGAGAAAUAGCACGUGAAAUUGUUGCCAGAGCUGUCGAAGAUAAGCGUCUAAAACAGUUGGCUUCGUCAGACUCGUCAUCGUCCCAGGCGUCCACGUCUGGCACCGGAAAAGCAAAAAGGAAAUCAGUGGUACCUGAAGACGAGGAGUCCGAAAAAAUAAGCGAUUCAGCAGUGGCGGCGCAAGCUGGUGCUAUACAGCGUUUCAGUACGCCACUUGGGUGGAAGCAGAUGGGCUCGUGGCUGAAAGCAGCGGAAGAAAAAUCUGAUUGGAACCGCCUGAAAUUAUUGCUUAGUCAGUGUGCGCAGGUAUUAUAUAUAGUUUUUUAUCAGAGGAAGACUGGAAGGGACAAGAUGUGA